ACACAGCCUAUAAAUAGAAGCUUGUGCCCUCCAGCCUCCGCAGACAGACACAUAAUACACACAUACAGUCACUGCUCACCACAGGCUGUCUCACAGUUUCCACACAACUUCCAGCUCCUCAGCUCUGGAUGGAGGCUGCUGUUGGGCUCUCUGCCUCCCGGGGGCUCCUCCUCAUGCCGCUUGGAUCUGGAUUUUAGGGAGGUUUGUGAGGAUAUGAGCUGCAGAAUGGCUGAGGGGACACAGGAAAGAAGCAGGAUGUACAGUGCACAGUUCAAGGACAGAGCAUCCAAGACUUGGAGACGGCUGAAGAAGCGACUCUCUGCCCCCUUGGACCCAGACAUUGAGGCUAAGAAGUCUUGUGACUGGUUGCGGGCUGCGGGAUUCCCCCAGUAUGCACAGUUGUAUGAAGAUUCCCAGUUUCCAGUGGACAUUGCGUGCGUGAAGAGAGAUCAUAGCUUUUUGGAUCAAGAUUCCCUUAAAUCCCUCUGCAGGCGACUAAUGACCCUAAAUUCAUGCACAUCUGUGAGGCUGGAUGUCCAUUAUCACCGAAAACAGACUGAAGACUCUGAUGAUGAUGAUCAAUGUGCGAUCAGUGAUCGCUGGGCAUUCCAGAGGGACCAGGGACGCUGGUCUCGACUGGACUCUAUUGAACUGCUCUCUCCGAAAUUUGAUGGGCCACCCACCAUGAAAAGUACAUCCAGUAGGGAUAGUAUCUUAACAGACCUGAGCACAGAACUGGAGGCCACUUCUCUGCGUAGUGCAGGAAGCAGCAGAGGUAUUAUGGACAUAGUAGUUACACCUCCAGCAGAAUUAGCCACUUUACCUUGUUCUCUGUCUGGCAGUAAGCCAUGCCGGAGUCUCAGCGACCAGUCUCUGGCUUCUCAUCGUCGAGAGUUGAAGGAAAAAUCAAAGAAAAGGAAAACCAAGGGGUUUCUCAAAAGGAUGGAGUCUUUGCGUAAGAAGGAUAAGGACAAAAAGGAUCUUGCAACAUUGAUUUCUGAUGACCGGGAACAGUCUCCGAGAGAUGAAAUACAUUUCCACAACCUGUUUGAUGAUAAUGAUGUGGACAUUCAUGCAUAUGACAAAGAUUUUCUUCAUCCAGGUUAUAGGACUAAAUGUGCAUCUAUUGGUAGUAUCAGAAAGCCACAUUUGGAUGGUCAUUGUAGGGGGGUUUAUUUGGAGGAUUAUGAUAUUUUGGGAAAGGAUAGUAUGCAUCACAGGUUAUCGCAAAAAUCAGAUCGUCUAGUAUGCAUCCCGAUGGACCAUAAGCCUGGAACUUUCCCAAGGUCUCUUUCGAUUGAAAGUUUAUGUCCUACAAAUCAUGUACCCUUGGAAAAUUGGAAAAUGGGUAGCAAAUCUUUAGGACACUCUGUUUGUAGCAGUAUGGACUCUCAUGGGCUAGAAGGGAGACAGAGAAGAGGGUCAUAUAGUUCUAUUGGAAGCCGUUCAAGCAUAUAUGACAACGUACCUGCUUCACUGACUGGCAGCGGGGAUAUCUUAGAACUUGGAGAUAGUAGUGAUCUUUUUGGUCAUCUGGAUGAUGUUCUGAAUCAUGUAAAGGGACUACAGAGGAUGGUGGAGCUGUGGUCACGAACUGUGUGUCCUGAGCUUGAUGAAGAAGAAACAGACUCUGGAGGUGAGCAAAUUGGUCACCUUGCAUAUGAAGAAAGAUCAAUUUCUGAUGUUGGCACUUCAGCCAGUGACUUUGACAGCACGGGCAAUUCUCUCAAUGAAACAGAGGAAGGAGAAAUGAGAGAGAGAAGGGACUCUGGAGUGGGGGCAUCCUUAACCAGGCCAUCCAGGAAGUUACGCUGGCACAGCUUCCAGAACUCCCACCGGCCAAGCCUCAGCUCUGCAUCCCUAGAGAUUAACAGGCAAUCGGCAGCUCAGCUCAAUCUCCUGCAGAAGUUAUCCUUACUGAGGCUUACCGCCAUCAUGGAGAAAUACUCUGUGCCAAGUAAGCAGGGCUGGGCAUGGACUGUCCCUAAAUUUAUGAAAAGAAGUAAGCCUUUGGACUACAGAGGAAGAGCUGUGUUUGGGGUCCCCCCAAUAAUAAAUGUGCAAAGGACAGGACAACCUCUACCACAGUGUAUCCAGCAAGCUAUGCGCUAUAUCCGCAGCCAGUGCCUAGACCAGGUUGGGAUCUUCAGAAAGUCUGGUGUGAAGUCCCGGAUUCAAGUUCUGCGCCAAAUUAAUGAAUCCUCACCUGACAACGUCAACUAUGUGGGGCAGUCGGCUUAUGAUGUGGCUGAUUUGUUGAAGCAGUAUUUCCGAGACCUGCCAGAACCUAUCUUUACCAGCAAGCUGACCGAAACCUUCCUGCAGAUUUACCAGCAUGUACCCAAAGAUCAGAGGUUGCGGGCGGUGCAGGCUGCAAUUUUACUGAUGCCAGAUGAGAACCGAGAAGUCUUGCAGACAUUACUGUAUUUUCUGAGUGAUAUCUCUUCAGCACAAGAGAACCAGAUGACUCCUGGGAACCUGGCUGUUUGUCUAGCACCUUCUGUUUUCCAUCUCAACAUAUCGAAGAAGGAGACCACCUCUCCUCGGAUCAGGCAGAAGAGAGGGGCCUCUGGAAAACCAGAUCACAAGGAUCUCAGUGAGAACAUGGCUGCCACUCAAGGACUGCUUCAUAUGAUCACAGAAUGCAAGAAGCUCUUCCAGAUCCCUCAUGAUAUGAUGCUUCAGUCCCGCAAUUCCUAUUUAGCUGCUGAUACCAGCCCCCUGUCCCUGGAAGAUCUCUGUGUGAGUUCAGGGGGCGAGACCAGAGAUUUCUCUGCAGUUUUGGACAGCAGCAUACAGACUCUUCUCCAUGAAUCUGCAGAGCGUUUUAAAGGUUGGAUAACCAUGUCUGGUCCUCAGAACACAGAACUGUCAUGUAAGAAGGUUGGAGAUGGAAACCCCUUGCGUCUAUGGAAAGUAUCAGCAGAAGUGGAGGCUCCACCAAGCUCACUACUUCAUCGUGUUUUACGGGAGCGCCAUUUAUGGGAUGAUGACCUGCUACAAGGGAGAGUGGUUGAGUCCUUGGAUCAGAACACAGAUCUUUUCCAUUAUGUGACAGACAGCAUGGCUCCACUUCCACGUCGGCAAUUCUUAGUACUACGGAAAUGGCGUACAGACCUGCCCAGAGGAGGAUGUGCGUUGGUCUCUACAUCUAUGGACCAUGCUACUGGGCAGUUGGAUGAGGGUGUCCAGGCUGUAAUCUUGAGCUCACAGUAUCUCAUAGAGCCUUGUGGAAUGGGACGGUCUAAGUUAACCUAUAUCUGCAGAGCAGACCUGAGGGGGCGUUCUCCUGACUGGUACAACAAGGUUUGUGGACAUCUCUGUGCAAUGGAGGUAGUGCGAAUUCGGAACUCGUUCCCUCCUCUUAGCUCUGGUGGGCCAGAAACCAAGCUCUAAGUCCAGCAAAUUCUGAGUGAUAAUAUUGUCCAAAAACACAGUGUUGAAGAACCUCUCGCCAAAGCGUUGGUGUGGACAUUUCUGCCAACGUAUGAGCCCGCAUGAGGUGGUGCACCAAGAGAGUAUUUUUGUCCCCCCCAGUGGUGCAUGGAGUGAAGCAGCCCAGCUUAUAGUGUAUAAAAGUACACAGAACAUGGGUUGAUAUCAGUGGCAUCAAGUACUGUAGCUACGAGGAUGUAAAAUGUUCUGCUGCCGGCCUGCGGGCAGUAUUGUGCAAGACACUAUCUGAAGAGUAUCUCUUGUGCUGCUACUUGGGAAGACAUUAACAAAGAUCAGUAUUAUGUGUUUCAUUUUUGUGUAUGUCCUGUUGACUCAGUGAUGCUUGUAAGCAGGGAUUUGGUAUGUUGAAGCUGCAAUGUGAUGUAGGUGUGAAUGUCCUGACAUGGCUGAGGUGCAGAGCUCUGUAUGAAGUUGGUGUGAUGAAUGUGAUGUAAAUGGUUUAUAAUAUUUAUUCCUGCCUAAGAGUAGAACUGGACCUUUUUAGCACAUAACAUGAACCUGUCUCUCCUCUUCUUAAGGGGGGAGCCUAUAUUUGCUAUUUAGUUAGGACAGCAGGUUUGCAAUAGUGAUCAUUGUACAACAUAGUGACAUUAGGUUAGUUGUAGAACCUUUCCAGUGAACCGUGCCAGUUGUCCAAGACAAACCUUUUGUUGUAUUACACAGCAUUGUGGUUCACUAGAAGGUAUUGUAGUCUUGACCGGUGGGAUCAGUUGAUCAUAUUGCUUAUCCCACCUUAACUAGGUUCCAAAGAAAGCAGUUGUACUAUGCCUUGCAGAAGAGUUGGCUUAUUUAGCAGGGACUCUGUGGCAAUAAUGGCGGUAUUACCACACUAGCACCUUGACAACUGCUCCUGUUAGCUGGGCUGCAGGGCAGGGCUAUAAACCAUCUUUCUCUGUUAGUGGUGGCUGUCCUAUGUGUACACGACUGGGUGCUACCUUCCGUAUAAAGACUUACCUGCUGUGGAGAAAGUAAUAAUCUAUGUAGCGAUGUUGAAGUCAUUUUAUCUCUAUUGGGACCAGGUAAUGGCACAGUUGCACAAAAGUCAUAUGGUAGUAGUAGCUGAGUAACAGACGGUGGGCACUGGGAAAGCUCAAUAUCUGUCAUUCUGUUACCUUAAUACUUCAUUGUGUAAAGUGACUCUGCCAUCUCUCUUGAUAUGUCAAUUUUAGUAAAUUCUUGUAUUCUCCAUGAAAUAACAGUUCUAAUUCACUUUUUCUUAGAAUGCUGCUUUAUGCAGUUCCUCUGUUAUUCCUCUUGGAAACGUGUAACUAAAUUGACACCUUGUUAUUGCUAUUAUCCUGUUAGUGCUGACAGUGUUGCAGUGUGUAGAGGUACACCAUUAUACAAGGAUAUUGGUAACACAAUGUUUUCCAUUCUAGGCGUUUUCAGGUGGAAUAACAUGAACAGGACAAUUCAGAAUUAUCAUCAAAGGGGUUGCUCAGUCCUUUGCAAGUGAUGAUCUGUCCUUAGGAUUGUCUGAGUGUCUGAGUAGCUGUUCUGCAAUAGUUCUGGCACCAGAACUACAACAGCUUCAUCCAUUGUGCAGUGUGAUGAAGCUGGUUACUGCAGUGAAGAGGAGCAGCUCUGCAGUAACCCUCUCUUCCACUACACAAUGGACGGAGGUUUGUACGUCCGCUGCCGGGGCUACUCCAGAACAGCUAAUCGGCAGGGUGCUGGAUCCCUUGCUAGACAGAUAGGGAUGGCCAUCAUUCGUAAAGCAGUGGAAAACGUAUUUAAAGGUUCUCCGGCUUCGCAAUUUCAUAGGGAAUAUACACAUUUUCUAAAAAGGACAACAGGAUAGCGGAUAGGACCUAAAUAAAUGCAAACUGCAUAUAAAAGCAAGGGAAGUUAGUAUGGUUCAGGUUACACAAGUGAAAAAACUUUUAAAAUAUCUAUAUAUGUAGCCUUGGAUUUUCAUAGAUUCCUGAUUCGCAGUCAGAGCAGUGACUGUCUCUUCUGCACGGCGAGGCUUCUCUAAAAAUUGCUACCUUGGGGUGGUAAUCUCACAAGAGCUUAUGGAGGGAUUAGGAGCAGAUUGGUUGUCAUUUACCUUACUAACCAUAGCCAUCUCUGUGUAGUGCAGUGUCUGAAGAUGAUUUAUAUAAAUAUGUACAGGUAAAUUUAUAAUAUAUUAUUUUUUGUACCGUCACCAAAUAACUGUGCCAGGUGAACCGUUUCCAAUCAGUGUUUCUAUUUAAGUAUUUGUAAUAUAAUUUGCUUUUAUUCAAAGAAUCUUUAAUAAAAUCUACCAAAUAA